CAUAGUGGAACUUAUGUCCCCUGUCCAUACAGAGGAAAGAAUUUGUUAUCUUGACAGUUUGAUUUUUGAAGCUGCUUCCUAGUGUAAGCACCACUUUCUCGAACACUAUCCUGAGCAUAUUCGAGAGUUUGGCCCUGUGGCUGCCUUGUGGACAAUAAGAUUUGACGCUAAACAUAGCUUCUUUAGGAGAACUGUCAGGCAAACAGGCUGCUUCAGGAACACCUUGCUAUCCUUGGCAAACAAGCACCAGCUCAUGGUUGUCACCACCUCCAUGAAUUGAAUGCUGGCAGACCAUCACAGACAGUCACAAAGACAACACAGUUAUCUUUAGACGUGCUUAAAAGAGGAUGUGAAAAACGUACUGAGGACAAGUUUUCCAACGGUCUCAACAGUCAGUAAUAGUGUGCGUUUUUAGGCACUGACUAUGCAAUCAUAAUGUUGUUGUGUUGUGGUUCUGUUGCAGGAUUGCUUCACUUUGCAGAAGUGUUUUAGGUCAUGUUAAUUCAAGAUCAAUUGGCCUUUGUUGUACUGUAAAACUACAAAAUGCAUGGUACAAUGAACACCUUACUGUAGUAGCUAUGAGUUACAGAGCACAGGUAAUGUGCAGUUACUGGAACACAAAGCACUUGCAGAUUUUCUUCCUUUAACGACUAGUUUCCUUGAAGCAUCUUAUUUGUCUCUCCUAUUAGCUAAACUUCAUUAUUACAAACAUAUGUACAGCAUGUAUUUACUAGACUGAUAUUCGCAAACUUCAGGCAUCCCCAGCACAGUUGAGGGACUUGUUUCUGUCAUUCAAGAGACUUUUAGGAUUCCAGUGGAUUUUUAUUUAUUGUAUCAUGAAGCUAUAAAGCUUUGUGAAAAAGUUAGCACAAAAAAUUUUGCUCAUUUGGCUCAGUUAUUGCAAAUUACAAAUUUAAGUCACAAUUUUACUCUUGUGGAAAUCAGCUGGAGACCAUCAGUGUGAUAAACCAUCUCAAAGUUUACUCUCAUGUCGACACAGAGUGGAUCACAAUGACAGUACAUCUAGGACAUCUUACUAUGUACAAAGUAUCCAUUGAAGGACUGAGGACACAAGACUUGUAUUUAUACCUGGUUACAAACCCCCACAUGAGCUGUUGACUGGUCAUUGUUAUUUCCUUAACAAUGUUUCCCAUGGUCACCACUGUGAAACCCCCAUCAUUUGAAAGCCAAAUGCUUGAUGACCCCCAUGGAACAGGUUUAAUGGGUUCUGGUUGCCAGGUGUCUUAUUACCAACUGUUGCACCUGUUGACCUUUUAUUCUCCCUGAUGCAAAUACAAAUGAAAACUGAUUUGACAAAUUAGGGGGGGAUACGGGACUGUUCCACCUCCAGCUUCAAAUGAGAAGGAGGAACUAGGACAGAUAAAUCAUAUGUUCAUCACAUCCUUGUGUGUUCAGCUUCUCCUCCUCCUCUUUUCUGAUGGAGACACUAGAGGAAGCUGAACUCUGUUUUCCACAGCUCUUCAAUUACUCCUGUAAGAAACUCACGCGUCCUCACUCUGAGGCUCUGAUCAUUUACAUCCUGAUGUCGUGCGUCUCUCUGCUCACUGUGCUUCUCAACCUGCUGGUCAUUGUCUCCAUCUCCCACUUCAGGCAGCUCCACACUCCCACCAAUGUCCUGCUCCUCUCUCUGGCUGUUUGUGAUUUUCUCAUUGGUCUCAUUGUGAUGCCAUUUCAGAUCCUUUUAACAAAGCCCUGUUGGCUCCUGGGUGACCUGAUGUGCACUGUGUAUGCUUUUGUAUCGUAUAUCACUGUCAGUUCUUCCAUAGGAAACAUGGUGCUCAUAUCAGUGGACCGUUAUGUGGCCAUCUGUGACUCUCUGCAUUACACCACUAGUGUCACUCACUGGAGAGUUCAACUCUGUGUCCUCCUGUUGUGGGUUUCCUGUGUUUUUUAUGCCUUCAUGAUCUUAUAUCAUAUUCUGAAACAACCAGGCAGGUUUAACUCCUGUUAUGGUGAAUGUGUAAUUAACAUAAAUGGAGUUGCUGACCUAGUGAUAAACUUCAUCAUCCCCAUCUCAGCCAUCAUCAUCCUGUAUGUGAGGGUGUUUGUGGUGGCUGUGUCUCAGGCUCGUUCCAUGCGCUCCCACGUUACAGCUGUUAAACAGCAGCGUUCACUGACUGUGACUGUCAGGAAAUCAGAGAUUAAGGCAGCAAAGACUCUUGGUGUGACAGUUGUUGUGUUCCUCCUGUGUUAUAUUCCUCCUUACUGUGUGUCUCUCUCUGGAUAUGAGAUUACAAUCGGUAAUUCGAACAAUAAUUUUCUGUUGUUUCUAGUUUUCUCAAACUCUUGUCUGAACCCUGUGAUUUAUACUUUUCUCUAUCCCUGGUUUAGAAAAUCUGUAAAACUCAUUAUUACUUUACAGAUACUGCAGCCAAAGUCCAGCGAGACCUGUGUAAAGUAGACUAACUAAGUUCUAAUGCAAUAUAGAAAGUAACUAUUUUCUUUAAAACUGUUUUGAAUUUAAAAUAAAUUGAACUGAAAGUUUAAAUAAACCAAUUUAGUUGUAAAUGUUUUAUAGUUUUAAUUCUGACCAUAUGAAACACUAAAUGAUGUUUAUUAAAAUGCUCUAAACACUGACUGUAUAACUGUGUGGAGAACAUUCUUUCUGCAAA